AUGGAGACCUCCUGGCUGGAGAUGCGCUGGACAAGGUCCUUUUACCUGGUGUUCGUGUUAUUCCUGACCCUAGUGCUGCUGCAGGCCAUCAAGCUCUUUCUGCGGAGGCAGCAGCUGCAGCGAGUUCUGCGUGCCUUCCCAGGUCCAUCCCCCCACUGGUUAAUAGGCAACCAGAAGUUAUUUCAGAAUGGUGAUUUAGAAUUAUUUGAGGAGUUUGUGAAAAAAUACCCAUGUGCCUUUCCUGCCUGGAUUGGGCCCUUUGAGAUAUUUUUCCAGAUCUAUGACCCGGACUAUGCAAAGACAUUUCUGAACAGAUCAGAUCCCAAGUCCCAAUACUUAUACAAGUACUUGACUCUCACAAUCGGAGAAGGACUAGUGAGUCUAAGUGGAAACAGGUGGUACCAGCACCGGCGCCUAAUAACUCCUGUAUUCAAUUUUAACACCCUGAAAUCCCACUCCCGCAUAAUGGCCCAGUCUAUAAACACAUUGCUGGAUAAAUGGGAGAAGAUUUGUGGCACUCAGGAAGCAGUUUUGGAGGUCUUUAAUGACAUCAGCUUGAUGAGCCUGGACACACUCAUGAAAUGUACUUUCAGCAAGGACACCAACUGCCAGAUAAACAGUGCCUUUGAUGAUUAUACUAAAGGGAUAUGUGAAGCCUCUGAAAUCAUCUAUAAGCGCGCACUCAGUUUCUUAUAUCACCAUGACAUAAUUUUCAAAUUCAGCUCUGAGAAGCACCAGUUACAGAAGAUAUCCAACAAUUUGUAUCAGUACACAGACAAGAUAAUCCAGGAGAGAAGGAAAGCCCUCAAGGAAGAGAAGGAGCAUGGUAAAACUGACAAUAGGAAUUAUCGGGAUUUUUUGGAUAUUUUACUUUCUGCCCAGGUUGAACAUGACAACAGCUUCUCAGAUACUGACCUGCAUGCUGAGGUGAACACAUUCAUGGUGGCAGGGCAAGACACCGUAGCAGGAAGCCUUUCCUGGCUCCUCUACAACCUGGCUCAGAACCCUGAGCAUCAGGAAAGAUGCCGGGAGGAGAUCAGGGGCAUUCUGGGGGAUGAAUCUUCCAUCACCUGGGACCAUCUGAGCAAGAUGACAUACACUACAAUGUGUAUCAAGGAGACUUUGCGAUUGUACCCUACAAUCAUAUCCAUUUCCAGACAACUCAGCAAGCCCAUUACCUUCCCCGAUGGACGCUCCUUGCCUGCAGGAAUGACUGUGGUUCUCAGUAUUUGGGGUCUUCACCACAACCCUGCCAUCUGGGAAAACCCCAAGGUCUUUGACCCCUUGAGGUUCUCUCCAGAUAAUCUUGAAAAGAGACACACCUACUCCUUCCUACCAUUCUCAGCUGGACCAAGAAACUGUAUCGGGCAGCACUUUGCCAUGACUGAGAUAAAGAUGGCCAUUGCCAUGAUUCUGCUUCGCUUCGAGAUGACGCUCGACCCUACCAGGCCACUUAUCCUUGUACCCAAGAUUAUCCUCAAACCCAAGAAUGGGUUUUACUUGUCCUUGAAAAAAAUUUCCUAA